AUGCCGAGAUUACAACUAUGCUACACACGAGAAUACAUGGGACAUAAACCACACUUUCGGUACUACCUUCUACUUAUCUGUACUAUCAGGGACUUCAACCACCCUCCUGGAACUACCAACCACCUACCUGCACUAUCAGGGACACCAACCGUCCUCCAGGAACUACCACCCCCCUACCUGCACUACCAGGGACACCAACCAUCCUCCAGGAACUACCACCCACCUACCUGCACUACCAGGGAUACCAACCAUCUUCCAGGAACUACCACCCACCUACCUGCCCUACCAGGGACACCAACCAUCCUCCAGAAACUACCACCCACUUACCUCCACUACCAGGGACACCAACCAUUCUGUAGGAACUACCACCCACCUACCUGCCCUACCAGGGACACCAACCAUCCUCCAGGAACUACCACCCACCUACCUGCCCUACCAGGGACACCAACCAUCCUCCAGAAACUACUACCCACUUACCUACACUACCAGGGACACCAACCCUCCUCCAGAAACUACCACCCACUUACCUGCACUACCAGGGACACCAACCAUCCUCCAGAAACUACCACCCACUUACCUGCACUACCAGAGACACCAACCAUCCUCCAGGAACUACCACCCACCUACCUGCCCUACCAGGGACACCAACCAUCCUCCAGAAACUACCACCCACUUACCUCCACUACCAGGGACACCAACCAUCCUGUAGGAACUACCACCCACCUACCUGCCCUACCAGGGACACCAACCAUCCUCCAGAAACUACCACCCACUUACCUGCACUACCAGGGACACCAACCCUCCUCCAGGAACUACCACCCACCUUCCUGCACUACCAGUGAUACCAACCAUCCUCCAGGAACUACCACCCACUUACCUGCACUACCAGGGACACCAACCAUCCUCCAGGAACUACCACCCAUUAACCGGCACUACCAGGGACACCAACCAUCCUCCAGGAACUACCACCCACCUACCUGCAGUACUCGGGACACCAACCAUCCACCAGGAACUACCACCCACUUACCUGCACUACCAGGGACACCAACCAUCCUCCAGGAACUACCACCCACCUACCUGCACUACCAGGGACACCAACCAUCCUCCGGGAACAACCACCCACCUACCUGCACUACUCGGGACACCAACCAUCCUCCAGGAACUACCACCCACUUACCGGCACUACCAGGGACGCCAACCAUCCUCCGGGAACUACCUUGA